CCCCCUUUCCCCUUCAGCCGGCGGCACGUGUUUUUGUUUACGAUAGUUUAUGUUCGAGGCUGUGCAUUGAUUAUUAUUGCCUCAUCUUCCGAUCCGUGGUGUACUCCGAAUUUCGCAGAAUGUCCGGCGUUUUUGGACAAAGGAUUCGCGUCUACCGUGAAGCUAUAAACUUUUACAAUCAGUCGAGUAAAAUAUUCAAGAGCCAAGUCUCGGCGGUGCAGCUUUCCUGCCGAAGUUACGCCAGAGGGUCCAGAGGCAACAAAGAACCUCCUGCCGACGGUGGAGGUGACACAGACCUGAACACAAAAGAGGUGCAAAACCUAUUAAAACAUUCGACCGUCGGAUACCCGCAAGAUUUUCUAGGCCCGGACCACACAUGGCAAACGAAUCCGUACAAAGAAGACCCGUCGCUGGAGAGGCGCCUCAAAGAAAGAAACCAGGCUGGUCAUGCAUUUAGGCCAAAAGUAAAUCCCUCAGACACAUCAAUCCUAAUCUUCCCUGGUCAGGGCGUGCAGUACGUGGGAAUGUGUAAGGAGCUCCUCAAGUUCCGUUUGGUGCAGGACCUUUUUGAAGCCGCCAGCUCAAUUUUGAACUACGACCUCCUGAAACUCUGCCUCGAAGGUCCCAAGGACAAGUUGGACGAAACCAAGUAUUGCCAGCCGGCGGUUGUUGUGUCUUCACUGGCGGCCGUUGAGUGGCUCAAAGAGGAGAGACCUUCGGCCAUCGAAGGAUGUGUUGCCACAGCUGGUUUCAGCAUAGGCGAGAUCACAGCCCUCAUUUUUGCCGGAGCAAUAUCUUUUGAAAGUGCCAUCAAACUGGUGAGGGCCAGAGCCGAGGGGAUGCAGUACGCGUCCGAAAUGGUCAACUCGGGAAUGGCCACGGUCAUUUACGGGCCUGAUUCUCAAUUGGGAGUUGCGUGCAACAAAGCUGUGGAACACUGCUUGGAAAGGAGGAUAGAGAGACCUGUUUGUCAAGUGGCUAAUUAUCUGUACCCACAUUGCAAAGUUGUCGCAGGCAACGUUGAGGCUUUGGAUUUUCUGGCCAAAAACGCAUCCAAAUUUAAUCUGAGAAAAGUGAGGCGCCUUCCGGUCAGCGGCGCCUUCCACACCCCUCUGAUGGAGCCCGCAUUGGAACCCUUCAAAGCAGCCCUGAGGAAAGUCCAGGUGCAGGAUCCGCUGGUUUAUGUGCACUCGAACGUUGACGGCAAGUAUUACAGCAACGCCAAACAAAUUCGGAAACUACUUCCCUUGCAAAUUGUGAAACCAGUGAAGUGGGAACAAACUCUGCACGUGCUCUUCGAGCGGCCGGAAGGGGAGAGCUUUCCGAGAACUUUCGAAUGCGGUCCGGGCAAAUCGUUGAGAGCGAUUUUGAAGCAAGUCAAUAGCAAAGCUUACGACACCAGUUUCAGUUAUUCGUCGUAAACAUGCAUUAAAUAAUAAAAGUCAAAAUUAAUCUUUUAAA